ACCAUGAGGCUGGCCCUGUGUUUUCUGCUGGUCGUCCUGGCUGUUUGUUGCUAUGAAGCCAAUGCUAAGGUCUGUAAUGCAGUGAAGCGUGAAAGUUCCAUCUUCUUAUUGGGGAGCAAGGAGCUGCUAAAGAUGGAUCUUCAGAGAUAUGGUGCACCCCCAGAGGCUGUUGAGGCAAAGCUGAAAGUGAAGGAAUGUGUAGACAAAAAUUUGACUAUGAUUGAGAAAUUGGCAGUAUCAGCCGUAGUGCAGCCUCUUUCUCCCGCUGUCCUCAUAGCCGCUGUCAUAGAAAGGCAAGCUCCUCGCCAGGAGUCUGCCUCUGAGUCCAUGAUUCUUGCUACCAUCCCAAAGGAUGUUUAUGGAACGCCGAAGUAA